AUGGACGGUCUUUUAACUGCCGUUAAGACCAUCAACCGGGGUGCUGAAUCCCCGUUGGUCGCAGUUGAGACUCAGAGUCGCAAUGACGCUGUCAUCAAACCUGCUGUCGAUCUAGGCCAAGAUAUAUCAUCUCAGCAACUGAUACAAAUACUCAAAUCUCAUCCCAGCACUGAGGAGCUUGCAGCAGCUCUUGCAGCUCUGGACCCUUUCAACAAUUCAAGGAAGAUACAAGAGCUUGACAUUCGCAUUCCAGGCCCGACAACAGCUCAAAUUCUCCAGACUUUAGUCAGCACUACCAUCCCCGACCAUUGGACAGCUCUGGAUGGCAAUAACAGGAAAGCAAAAGUCGCAAAAUGCCGAGCAGCUCUGUUGCGUUGUCUUAGCAGCAUAGCGGGACUUGGUUCUAUUGUGGCUCAACUUCGCACUCUCAUUGCAAGUUCUCGACCGGCAGCCCACAAAGCGGAAGGCUCAAAUAAUCAUCUCAUGACCCGGGAUCUCUUGUCUGUCCUUGCUGCUCUGCUGGAACCAAAGGACUUCCUUACCCGUAUUUACACCGACAUCUCAUCACUGUACGAGAAUAAAACUCGACAGCAAGUUGCAUGGAGGGAGUUUGUAUCCCUCAUCGCGGCUGGCAAAAUACUUUCCACGGCGGCAGAAGCACUCGCCGUUGCCAAUGCAUCUGAGCCCAUGUCACCCGUCUCUUGGAUUGGUGAUGGCCCACGUUAUGCAAUCAAGAUAAACGAUGAAAAUGGCUGGACCUCACUCGCUUUGCUCACUGGCCGAGCCUUAAGUCUAGGCUAUGCUGAUCAGCUCGUCCGAGAGGUCUACUCGGAGUUUCUUUUCAAGCAGCCAUCUCCUGAAAACUUCAGUCUGCUUGUGGACCAUCUCAGACAGCCGGAGCAAAUGGCUGUACUAGAAGCUAUUUUCCGCGAUGUACAGAAGAAGUACUUUUCAGGCGAUCUUUCGGAACCAUUCAGCCAGCCUGAUGCAUCUAAUAACAUCAUCACAGGAGUGGCAGCGCUUUGUAAAACUAUCAUUGCAGAUCGCCCAUUCCUAAAAGACCAAGUACUAGGUUGGCUCUCAAAAAGCCAAGGAGGUUCGAUUCAAACGACCGGUCUGCGUCGCGCCUUACUAGCGACUUACAGUGACUCGGCUGAUACGUUGAAGUCAUUGCUCGCUCGCAGCCUUGAGCAAUUUGGCGAUAAGUUCUUUAUCAAACAUGUCCCGAACAUCACGCAAAACACGAAUGCUCAAGCAAUCCUGCUAGCAGCAGGUCAGCUUAAUCGGCUGGAUCCACUCCAAUUGCAUGGGAUUGGACGUACGAGUGUGUUCCUGAACGCAGUCUCCAACCGACUCGCAGCUUCUUCAAACAGAGCACGUUUUCUGGGGAUGAUCGUGGGAAUGGGGAUCUCUCAACUUAUUGAAGAGCCAGGAAAGGCUAUGAAAUUUGAUCUUGAAGAAAUGCAAAGUGAGGAGGCUCUGUGGUACCUGAGUCUCACGACUGUCUAUGACAAGGUUGGACCAGUCGAAUCUAUCAAAACACUACAGAAAGCACCCUCAAACACACAACAACCGACUAAAGGCGCUCACUCCGGCCAGAACCAAAAACCAAGUACAGCCUCAAAGCGACCUCAAGCAAGCAAGAUUGUCUCUAUUGAGGAAAUAGAUGACAGCGGGGAAGAAACCGAUGAAGACGAUGAUCUCCUUCCUUAUGAGAAACCCGAUGAUGAUGCGGAGGAUGAGGACGAGGACCCAACAUUAGUCCAACGAAACAAGCCAAGCGCGCCCGUAUACAUUCGUGACUUGAUCACAUACCUCCGUGACACCGAAAACGUGGAACGGUACCACCUUGCCAUUAGUACUGCACCAUCUUUAAUCCGUCGGAAGACUGGAUUCGGCACAGAACUUGCUGAGCAGGUUGAGGAACUGGCUUUGACACUAGUUAGUCUACAAAACGACAACAAUCACCCAUCUUUCCACGAAUCACGUUUGCAGAGCAUGAUCGCUCUCAUAGUCUCACAGCCACUCAAAAUGGGCCGGUGGUUCGCUGCAAUCUUCUUCGGUGGCGACCUAUCUCAAGUCCAGCGAUCUGCCGUACUUACAGCCUUGGGUCUUUGCGCUCGCGAGAUUGCAGGCAAUGGCGAAGAGGAUGCUAAGGCACUGAAUCUCCCGAUGCUGGGUGAUACAUCGUUCCCAUCCAAACGGUUGUCACCUGCUCUGGAGGCUGUGUUCAUGGGAGCAAAUGAAUCUCCUAUCGCAACUCUCACGCGUGAGAUGUCACGGACUUCAUUGCAACCACUGGCAGCCGACGCAGCAGACCGAAUGACAGGCCCAAAUGCCCUCAAGGUGCGCACUUUCUCGUCGCGCAUGGAGGUUGAGAAGAAGCGCCAGCAACGCGAGGCUCAGCGCCAGAAGAAAGUAGUGAAAGAUGUACACAAGGUGCUUGCGGAGGGUUUCUUCUAUCCUCUCCAAGGUCGAUUUGAGAUCAUGAUGCUGCAACUUGCCUCGUCGUCUGCUCCCUCUCACAAUCCAUUCUUCGUACCACAUAUUCUCUCACUAUUCCUUCAAACGCUUUCGCUUAUCUUUUCGACUGCUGGUCCACAUAGUCCAUCUCUCCCGGGCUUCACACACGAAACGCUCUCAUUGCUUUUAUCUCUACACACAGCCCCGAUAUCCAGUGAGCCCACGGUUACCGCGGCGCUUCUGAACCUGUUUCUGGCAGUUGUGGAUGUUAAUAUUGCAUCUGGUUCAAACGGCGAGGAACGCCUCGUCACUGAACAUGCUACCAGGGUCUUGGAGUUGCGCGAGUGGGCCUCUGAAGUCUUUGAUCGCAUGCCCGCCGGAAGCAGUAAAGCAGACUCUGGUCCAUUUGCGGAUCCGCAGGAGCAAGUGCGAACUUUGGCUGCCGGUGUAAUGGUACGCCUUGGGGAGGUCAUAGAACGGUAUCAGGGUCGGUUGAUGGGUGUGAAUGCCGGCUUCAAAUAUUGA